GACUCAGAUUCCUUUCUGAUCAAAUUAUUAUCAAGUUAUCAUAUAAGUUAUAAUAUAUAUCAAGUUAUUAUACAUAUAUAUAAUUUUAUUUUACAUAUAUAUACAUAUAUAAUUUUUUUAUUCAAUUCAUGCCUAUUUUCUCAAAUGCACAUUGCCACGUUAUGUCACUGGAAACCACUAGAAACUGAUUACGUUUUUGGCAACGUGAUCGACAGGGCAGACGCCGCCGUGAUUUAUGCCGAAUUGUAUAAAAUUGAAUUAAACAUCAUAAAUAUUUGAAAAAAAAGUUAAUAAUUAUGACUAUCGUAGCUCAUUUAAGUCGCAACGUCAAUUUAAGUCGACUGUCGAAAAUACGGCCAUAUAUUUACAAACAAAAUGUACGAUUAUUGGCGUCGUACGCCAAAUUUGCUGAGCACAAACCAUUGGAGAAGAUCAGAAACAUCGGUAUAUCGGCUCACAUUGAUUCUGGAAAAACGACUUUAACUGAACGUAUCCUGUAUUACACCGGCAGAAUAUCCGAGAUGCACGAGGUAAAGGGAAAAGAUAACGUGGGUGCAACUAUGGACAGUAUGGAAUUGGAAAGGCAAAGAGGCAUUACUAUUCAAUCUGCUGCCACAUAUACAUUAUGGAAAGAUCAUAACAUCAACAUCAUUGAUACGCCUGGUCACGUGGAUUUUACAGUGGAAGUUGAAAGAGCUUUGCGCGUUUUGGAUGGUGCUAUUCUUGUCCUCUGCGCCGUGGGUGGCGUUCAGUCGCAGACUCUGACUGUGAAUCGACAGAUGAAGAGAUACAGCGUUCCCUGCUUGGCAUUCAUUAAUAAGCUGGAUAGAAUGGGUGCAAAUCCAAAGAGAGUUCUACAACAGAUGAGGAGCAAGCUGCAUCAUAACGCUGCAUUCAUACAGUUACCAAUCGGUCUCGAGAGUAAUACAAAGGGCAUAGUAGAUUUAGUUACUCAAAAAGCAAUUUAUUUUGAAGGGAAUUUUGGGGAAGUUGUUAGGGAGGAUGAAAUCCCAAAGGAUAUGAAUGCAGAGGUAAAUGAAAGAAGGCAAGAAUUAAUCGAGCACUUGAGCAAUGCAGACGAUACGUUUGGUGAUUUGUAUUUAAAUGAAACAAAAAUAACUGAGAAAGAUAUUAUGGACGCCAUACGCAGGAGUUGCUUAAAAAGAAAGUUUACACCUGUGCUAGUUGGCACUGCAUUGAAAAAUAAGGGAGUUCAGCCAUUAUUAGAUGCAGUAAUAAGUUAUUUACCGAAUCCGGGAGAAGUAGAGAAUUAUGCUCUUCAACCAAAAUCCGAGGGUGAAUAUGAUAAAAUUUUAUUAGAUUCUAAUCGAGAUGACAAUAAACCUUUUGUUGGAUUGGCAUUCAAGUUGGAGGCUGGUAAAUUUGGUCAAUUAACAUAUUUUCGUUGUUACCAGGGAAUGUUAAGAAAAUCGGAAACCAUAUAUAACACAAGAACACGAAAAAAGGUACGGAUACAAAAAUUAGUUCGACUUCAUGCAAAUCAAAUGGAAGAUGUUACAGAAGUUUAUGCGGGAGAUAUUUUUGCUUUAUUUGGUGUAGACUGUGCAUCUGGUGAUACUUUUGUUAACGAAUCCAAACUAGAUCUGGCGAUGGAAUCUAUUUACGUUCCCGAUUCUGUGGUAUCUAUGUCUAUACAACCAAAAAAUACAAAAGAUCGAGAUAAUUUUGCUAAAGGUAUUGGCCGAUUUACAAAGGAAGAUCCAACUUUGCGUUUUCACUACGAUGUCGAUAACAAGGAAAGCAUAAUUUCUGGUAUGGGCGAAUUGCAUUUGGAAAUUUAUGCGCAAAGAUUAGAACGUGAAUAUAAUUGCCCAGUUAUUCUUGGAAAACCAAAAGUUUCUUUCCGUGAGACUUUAUGUAGACCUUGUGAAUUUGAUUAUCUUCAUAAGAAACAGUCUGGCGGUGCUGGCCAAUAUGCGCGCGUGAUUGGAUUUAUGGAGCCUUUGCCACCCGAGAGAAAUACAACUAUCGAAUUUUCGGAUGAAACUAUAGGAACCAAUGUACCAAAACAAUUUAUUCCGGGCGUAGAGAGAGGUUUCAAGGAAAUGUGCGUAAAAGGGUUGCUUAGUGGUCACAAGAUCGCUGGUGUUAAAUUUAGAAUACUUGAUGGCAUGCAUCAUUGUGUAGACUCGUCGGAACUUGCCUUCUUUCUAGCUGCACAAGGAGCUGUGAAGGAUGUUUUUGAAUAUGGUAGCUGGCAAAUUUUAGAACCAAUUAUGUUGGUCGAAGUAGUGGGCCCACAGGAAUAUCAGGGUUUGGUAUUGGGACAAAUUAACAAGAGAAAAGGACUGAUAAACUCGACGGAAGUAAUAGAUGAAUGGUUCACGAUUGUUGCCGAAGUGCCGCUUAAUGAAAUGUUCGGUUACUCCGCUGAACUGAGAUCAAGCACGCAAGGUAAAGGAGAGUUUACGAUGGAGUAUUCGAGGUAUAGCCCUUGCUUACCAGAAGUGCAGGAACAACUUAUUAGACAAUAUCAAGAAUCGCGGGGAAUAGUAGUCGAAAAAUCUCAGAAAUAUAAAAACUAAUUAUAGAAAAUAAGUACUUUUUGUUUCUUUUUUAGUGAAGAAUUACGCGAUAUUAUCAUGAAUGUUGUAAGUGCGUUAUAAUAAUAUACGCAUUGUUUAUAUAUUUAAUACAUUCGACGUAAACUGAUAAUUAUUUACUAGUAAAAAUAAUUAUUGAUUAAUAAUAAAUAGACAGAAAUAAAAUGUGUAUACUUUUAUAGUAUGUACAAAUGCAUCAAAUGAGUUGUAAAUAUUGUUUCGUAUCUGAAAAUAUGAUAUAAAAUAUAAAAUAAAUAUCUAGAAAGUAA